AUGGCUUGGAGUCAUCAAGGGUAUGCUGCUGCUGGAUUUGGUAUACCUUUUGGUUUGGGCAUCGUAGUCUUUGCUGUUUUAUUCUCUCUCAUACGCUGGUGUCCAAGAACAUUUUAUCGUAUGAUUAAAGCAAUGUUUUCAAUUAAACAUUAUGAAGGAACAUCAUCUGACGCCAGAGAAUUUAUUGAUAUAUAUGGUGUUCAAAUUAGCUUGUCGGCAACUACUUUUAGUUUUCUACCUCCAUUAGCCUUACUUAUUAUGGCAACAGCUGUCUUAACAGCCACGUUUGUUCUUUUCCUCUCCGAACUUUUUUUGAUUGGCCGUUAUGUCUCACCGAAUAGUAAAUGUCCAUCUGACGAUGAAAUGGACUGCUAUACAACUGUUAAUAGUACAUAUUUUUAUUGUAAUUCAUCUGAUACGAGAAUCGAUGCAUCCCUAGGAAGUCUCGUUUGUUAUCGAUGGAUAAAACAAAAUAUAGAAACUGUAGAAAUACUCAAUCAAAUUGGUCUAUGCGGGGGAUUGCUUCAAGCAUUUGGAUGGUUCGUUAAUAUAUUUUUACGUUUGUUACUUCAUGUAUUACAGAGAAAGAAAUCAAGUCCAUCAGAAAGAAUAUUUACUCAUGCAUCAUAUUCUUAUAAUACAAUAACAGAUUGUUAUCAAUAUUUAGAAUUUCUUGGUAAUACUGUACUUGAUUAUGUUAUAAUUCGUUAUUUAUAUGAAGUGAUAAUUACAAUAGAAAGGAUGAAUUUUUUUAUUAUGAGUUUUUUAACAUCAUCAGUAUCAAAUAAUAAAGAUACAUACAGUAAUACAAUGUCAUGUACAAUCGACAACGAAUAUUUAUCAAAUUCACAUGAUGAACAAAAAGAUGAAACAACAAAUGAGCCUGAUGAAUGCGGGAAGAAACAGAAGUUCCAAAAAUGUCUUGGUGAUAUAUUUCUUGAUUCAAAUAAAUCUUUUAAUACUGUAUGGAAAAUUUAUUAUCGAAUGUUAAAACCUUUUAUUGAAAAAUUUACAACUAAAGUACCAAAAUCACCUAUACGUAAAUUACUUGAACCUGAAACAGUGGCUUUUGAAAAAUCCGAACGUUUACUCUAA